CGUCGUGUGGUAUUGUUGCGUAUGAUCUGUGGUGACGUUAUAGAAAUAAUUUGAGUGAUUUAUUUGCAGUCCUCGUGUAUUUCGCGUUAAAAAAAGAGACAGAAACAGAACGAACAUAAUGUCUGAGAUUGACGCGAAAGUGAACAUGUCGCUUGAUGAAAUCAUAAAGAUGGAGAAAAAGGAGAAAAAGAAAAAGGCUGGGACUGCCAAUGGAAAAGCUGGUGCUAAACGCACUAGAGGAAGUGCGCGAGGGCGAAGUGGAAUCAGGGGUAGAGGUGCUAGAGUAAAGCGUAAUGUUGGAACUGCAAAAAAAGAGCAAACAUGGCAAACUGGGCAAAAUAACAAUAAUAAUAAUAACAACAAUAAUGUGCGUGGUGGAUUUGUAAGAAAACGUUACAAGAAAAAUAGUGGUCUCACUAGAUCACGAAGUAAUUUAACAAUAAAUCAGAAACCUAAUACACGAGGAGCUUUUAAUGUUCGCCGUGGUCGCGGCAACAGAUUUGGUUUGACUCGCAGUAGAAGUCGCACAAAUUUGACUUUUAAACAAGGAGGCUUUUUCACUAAUAAUAAGACUCCAUUAAAAAGAACAAACAGUCUACCAAAUUUACGUGAUCCAACAUCAGUUCAUAAUCGUUUGGGAUAUCAGAGCCCUGCUCAGAUUGCUUAUCGAAAUCGUGUUAAAAGAGCAAAACAAUUAUUACUGCAGCGACAAAAUCAGAGAUUAUCUUUACAAAAUCAAUUCAGAGUUCCACAGGCUGGAAAAUCAUUGAUAUCACUUCAACAGAGAUCCACGGAUAGAAGACAACAAAUUUUAACAUCUCAGCGUCGCUUUACCACUGGUGGAUUGCGAUCAGAUCAGAUUGCUCGUGCACAAAGACGUGCGCAAUAUGAACAAAAAUUAAUGAGAAUGAAUUCUUCACAAUUAAGUACAAACUCAAAUGUAAACUUCAUGUGUACAUUGGGAAAUGAAUACAGUCCAAAUACGCAUCAACGCCCUCUUACUCUUACACCAAGCCGAAACGGAAGUGCUGUGAACAGUUUGCGCCCAUUGCCAAGAGGACGAUCCCCAUUUAGACAAAGCGUACAAAGUUUGAAUAUGGUUGGUCGAUCACCUAUGUUUAGCCAACAGCGUUCAAGGUCAAGGUCACGUUCCCGUUCUCGCACACGUAACACUCCAUCAUCAGACACAGGAGCGAAUGUCGAUGAUCGCACUUUCAGCGAAGUCAUGUAUAGCUUGUCUGGAAAUCUCGGUGUUACGGGAAGAACGCUUAAUGAUAGAUUUAGUUUUUAAAUUGAAAAAAAAAAAAAUUUGUUUUGUAUUUAGAAUAUAAGACUGUUGAGGCCAGAAAUUUUAUGCUUGAAACAUAGAUACAGGAUAUCGUAAUUCUGUCUUAUUGAUUGCAUUAAUAUUAAAAUU